GCCAGGCACCUCUAAGGACUGUUUGGGGACCGCAAUAAUACCAUAAAAGAAGAAAAUACUUCGUUUGGAAAGAACAAUCAAUCAUAAGGCUUGGCGCUGCAGGGAUGUCGGGCCUAAAGCUGAUCUCUGCAACUGACACCCGGUAUUCAGGAAUGGUGCUGAAGUCGAUGAAUAGACAGCGAAAUAAUGGAUUGUUCUGUGAUGUCACCAUAAUUAUACAGGACCGAAAAUUUAGAGCACACAAAAACAUCUUGUCCGCGUCAAGUACUUAUUUCCACCAACUCUUCUCAGUGGCUGGACAGGUGAUCGAGUUGAAUUUCAUCAAGGCGGAAAUCUUUGAGGAAAUCCUGAAUUACAUUUACAGUUCCAAAAUUGUCCGCAUUCGCUCCGACAUGCUCAAUGAGCUUAUCAAUGCUGGGCAGGUGUUGGGCGUGAAGUUCAUUGCGAAUCUAGGCGUACCGCUCUCACAAGUCAAGGGCCUACCUGGCCUGUCCAAAGACACAGAACACAAUGAAGUAAGCUCUGUGGAGAAAAGCAGUACAGACUCAAUGGGGAUGAUGCCUAUUGUCACCGAGUCCUUUUCACUGUCUGCAGAGGAGUUCAGUCAAACUGACAAAAGUGCAAACAAGGAUCAGGACUCGGACGAUGACGACAUUAUGUUUGUAUCCAAAACGGACGCCACCAAGAAAUGCAAGCCCUGCGAAAUCAUCGAUUUGGAUGGACCCAAUACAGAGGAAGACUCUGUGACAAAGCAACCGGGAGAGGCCAGGCCCGCUUUGACAAAGGACCAAGAGAAAACAGUCAAAGCAGCCCCGCACCUCAACAGCUCCUUGCAGACCUUGCAAGGCCAAACUCCUCUGAUCAGACCCAUGGUGUCCCCUGACACAAGCUCAAAUAUUGCGUCUUCACCCACUGGAGCCUCCUCUUGCAGCACACCCACUACGCCGGCUAGAAUUGGCACUUUCACCCCCGAACCCAUCAGCACCUCCCUGCCCUCAGAAAACCACAAGAUAAUAGGAAUCCACAAGAAGCAGGUUACACUAGCUCGACAGAGUGACUUAAAAAUCAAGCUCUCGGCCCUUAAGUCACCUGGCGGAUUCAUCAACGAGGCAGGCCUCAACAUUCCCCAAAUAUCCGUCACCACAAAAAAGACGAUAACACUAGAUAAAGCCUCAGAGAUCGACUCGUUUUCUCCAGGCUGCAAGGUGUAUGCCAAUAUUGGGGAAAACACAUAUGACAUUGUCCCCAUGAAGGACGACCCCGGGGAGGGAGACUCUAAAAACAGUAGAGGGGGAAAGAGGUCUCUGAUGGGUACCCCUCUUCAACCUUUCAACACCUCUCAACUGCCACCGGGUGCCACAAUCAAGAAGACCAAAACAGAGCAGCAAGAUCACUACGAGCUCAUCAUGGACGGGAAGACUUUCUUUGUGUGCAUGGUCUGCAAGCGUCCCUACGUGUGCUUGACGAGCCUCCGGCGCCACUUCAACACCCACUCCUGGGAGAAGAAGUACCCGUGCCACUACUGUGACAAGGUGUUUGCUCUGGCCGAGUAUCGGACCAAACACGAGAUCUACCACACAGGCGAGCGGAGGUACCAGUGCCUGCUGUGCAACGAGAUGUUAAUCAACUACCAGCUACUGUCGACUCACUGCAAACAGGCCCACAACCAGGACCCAUCCGGGAGGAAACAAAAGGACGACACCGACAACAACUUGUACCGCCUGCUCCCUUGCAAAACGGUGCAGUUCAAGACCUACUCACAUGAGACAGACGAUUCAGAUUCACGAGGGGUCCCUAUUAUCCAAGAGGAUGGGAGCGUCCAGCACAUUAACCCUGGAAGGGGGCACCUGGCCAACCCACUACAGUUACAGUCCACCCAGGGCAAGAUGUUGAACUGGGAUGACAUCUUUGUGGAGCCUGAGGCACAGCCUGGAUCAGGUGCCCACCGGCCAGGGAGCCACCCUAUCCAAUCUCCCCCAGGCUCUUCUGAGUUUGAGUUUGUCAUACCAGAGACGUACUGAGCAGGGUGGCUCACCGCUCUGUGAUCUAUGCCUUGUCAGUGGGUCCCCGUAUUUGAAUUUUGUUUCCUGGAUCCACGUCGAAUGUUGUCUUUUUCAAAUGUUCAACAGUUGUUUUAGCUAAACUGAGCUAAACUGUACAAAAAUAUAAACAUACAACAAUUUCAAAUGUUGUACUGAGUUACAGUUCAUAUAAGGAAAUCAAUCAAUUGAAAUAAAUUCAUUAGGCUCUAAUCUAUGGAUUUCACAUGACUGGGCAGGGCCAGUCAUGGGUGGGCCUGGGAGGGCAUAGGCCCACCCACUGGGGAGCCAAGACCAGCCAAUCAAAAAGUUUUUAUUACAAACGGAAAUAUUCCUCAGCACCCUGUGACCACCCCCACCUCGCCCCCAUUCAGAUGAUCUGGCAGGUGAAGAAGCUGGAUGUGGAGGUCCUGGGCCGGCGUGGUUACACGUGGUCUGCGGUUGUGAGGCCAGUUGUACGUACUGCCAAAUUCUCUAAAACGACAUUGGUGGCGGCUUAUGG